ACUGUGAUGUUUGACUCCGUGGAGGACUGGAUCCAGGACAUGAAGAGAACUAAAGGAAACUGUAGAGUGGUCUCGGAGAACAGCAACUUUGAGCUCUCUCCAAAGUUGCCUCAGUUUUUUAUAGUCCCAUCAAACGUCUCGGACGAAGACUUGACUAAGUACCAGGGAAAGGGAUUACCGAUGUGGUGCUGGUCUCAUCAUAGCGGCUGUGCCUUGUUUAAAGCCGCCUCUAUACCCCUGGUACAAGAGGACAACGUCCCACAAACCUACAUGGAGAAAAUGUUGACGGCAGUGGCUCACAACCACCUGUACUCAGUGAAGACAGAAGACCUGUCCGACACACUUCCUGCCGUUCAGGACAUCCUGUUGUCUUACAACAAGUUCAAACAGUUCUUCCUCAUCGACAAUACAACAGAGUUCUGGAUGUCCGAUAUGAAAUGGUUCUCCUCGCUUGACAACUGUGGAUGGCUGGACAUCAUCAGACAGUGUCUCCAGAAGGCUGUGGAGGUAGUCGAGUGCCUGGAAAAGGAAAACACUAAUGUUCUCAUUAUGGGUAAGGACCAAAACGUCAACCUGUGCUGUGUGGUCUCCAGCCUGGUCCAGUUGAUGUUGGACCCCUACUACAGAACUCUUCUGGGCUUCCAGAGUCUGGUGCAGAAGGAGUGGGUGGCAGGAGGACAUGCGUUCCUGGAUCGCUCCAACCAUCUACACCUCAAGGACAAGGCGGAGAGUCAGUCUCCAGUGUUCCUGCUCCUCCUGGAAUGUGUGUGGCAACUACAGCAGCAGCACGGUCCGGCCUUCCAGUUCUCCGAGACCUACCUGACCGUGCUGUCUGACAGCGUCCAUGUUCCUGUCUUCACCACCUUCCUCUUUAACAAUGACAGCCACAGAGACAACAUACUCAGGGCCGAGUCGCCCCACACACAAAGGAGCCCAUUGAACUGCCCUACAGUGUGGGACUGGUCGGUGCAGUUUGACUGCAAGGCACAGGAUCUCUUCACUAACCCUUUGUAUAGCGAGAAGCCCAAGCAGGACACGUCUGUGAGGAAAUCAUACAGGCCCAAGCACCUGCGUCAGCUGUCCCUGCCAAGCUCAGCCUUCAAGACCCCCACUAAGAAGGGCUUCUUUAAAGACGAGGCGGACAACCUGAAGAAGAUCCUGGGUGUGAAGAGACUCAGCCGCUGGAUGCUGUCUCCUUCCUCAGAGUCCCCUCAGACCUCCUCUUCAGUCAGGGAGUUCUACGAGGCAUGGCAGACUAAACCCUUGGACUACCACAGUCUGCUGCUGCCCUGCCUGGACGGUCCCUCCAUACGAGUCUGGAUGCAGAGGUACCUGCGCUGGAUCCAUGACGUACAGAUCCUAGGAGGGGGUCCAGUGGCCAUGCUGAGUAAAGUCUCUGAGAUACUGGGGGAGGUUCAGGAGCUGCAGAGACAGCUAGACCGCCACGGCUGCACUUUAACCUCCAACCACAAGGGGGCGAGGCCAAGGUCCAAGACGGCGUCGGUGAUCGCAGCCAGGUCUUCGGUGAGGCUGUCGUCGUCGUUCCCUUUCGUGACGUCGAGGAACUGGUCGUUCAAACCGGCCAUACCGACCAGCCUGCUUCAGAGCCUCAUGGUGACGGGGAUGGCAGGAAACCUGGCCGAUAGAGAGGAUGAUGGUGGUGGCCCGGAGUCUCUGGUCUAGGACACACACAGUCUCUCUGUCUGUCACAAAUCCAAUGGGGGGGUGGGUUUGGUUGGGAGGCCUGUUACUGUACGUACACCGGGACCUAAAGUGUUGGACCUGUAUGUGUCGUGGUGCUCACUUCUCAAAGCCAUCGUUGACAUGACCAUCGUGUUCCUGCUUUAGACAGAGAAGYCCAAAGCUAUAGCCUAAUACCAUUUGUGCACUACUGUGGUGAGCAACAUUUUUAACCUGUUGCUCACAACAAAACUGUGACUGAAUAUCUCCCGUCUCUUGCUUAAAGGAAAUGGCAUCUUUUAAAGAAUUCCUAGCUGCCCAUAGUUGACUACUGUCCUGUUAAAGAACCAUAGAGCUGUACGGUCUAAAAUACAUAACUACUGUAAAGCACUGAAUAAUGAAUUACCACUUGUAUGCCUUUUUAAUUAAAUAAAAAAUGCUAGUCUCUCGA